CAGUAAAGUGUAAGAUAAACACAAUUCAAUUUUGAUACUAUGGCAUCAAUUCCUGCACAGAUUUUAAAAACAGGACGUGUUAAUAUUAGAAAAUCUACCAUAAUAACAAGGUUACAAUAAGUGUAGGUAAAUGGAUACUUACAGUUACAAGAAUGGCUCAGAAUAUGAAGACAUAGAUACUGCAACAACACCGUUCAUUAAUACAAUAUGGAUAUCCAAAGAUUGUUCCGAAAUCAUUUUGAAGUCUUCAGCGGUGUUGCCGGUGGUUAUAUUCGGAAUAUUUGGAAACGUGAUGGUCAUUCACGUUUUAUGGAAAAAUUUAAAAAUCCGAACACCAACCAAUUUACUGAUUGGAAAUAUGGCGGCUGCUGAUUUGUUAUCGCUUCUAAUUCAUCCCUGGGUGACGUUAACUUACGAUUUUUUUCAGAAUUAUCAGCUAGGAGUGAUUGGGUGUAAAGGAGAAGGACCAGCAGAAUGUUCUAUCCUAAUUGCAAGUGUAAUCAGUAUGUCCGCUAUUACCUACGAUCGAUUAACAGCUAUAGUUUUACCUAGAGAAACUCGAAUAACCAAAAAAAUGGCGAAGACGCUGAUGGCAAUCACUUGGAUUGUAGGACUGUUACUGUCUGUCCCAAUAUUCUUAAAUAGAACUUACAAGGAACGACAAUGGCUGAACUUUUUGGAGAAAUAUUGUACAGAAAAUUUAGUGGUUAUUAAUAUUUAUUGGUAUGUAAUUAUAACUGUAAUGGUUUGGAUACCCUUGAUUAUCCAAAUACUUUGUUAUAUAUCUAUUUUUCUAAAGCUGGAUAAAUAUGAAAAAAUUGCUAUUCAAAAACUUGGACAGCAACAUAUCAGUUACAAGAAAAAAGCUGCAAUAAUGAUGUUCAUAGUUACAAUAGUCUUUAUGUUUUGUAGACUUCCAUUUACGGCGUUUAUAAUUUACCGCCAUCAGCUAAUAAAAGGAAAAAAAUUAGGUGCUUCGACUGAUGUUAAAUAUCAAGUAAAUCAGUUAUACUACGUGCUAUGGUUUGUUUCCAAAUAUCUAAUAUUCAUCAAUUGCGCUAUAAAUCCACUAAUAUACGGCGUCACAAAUGAACAAUUUCUAAGAGCCUUCAAGUCUACGAAAUUAGCGAAAUGGAUGUUUAGUCGAUGCAGCACAAGGAUCACAUCUAUAUUUAUUAUUUUCAAGAAAAAACCGCGUAUUCAAGAAGAGAAUGUAAUUUCUACUAAAAAAACUUAUGUAAACACGUAUUUAUAAAUUUAUUUGGCUG